AUGGGUCCCCUUCCCCCGUGUUACUUCGCAUUUUCUUCGUUUUCUUCCCUUUCUCUUCUCUUCCACUUUAUUAUUUUCUCUUCAACCUUUAAUGGGUUGUUGAAAUUGCGAACUGUGUUGCAGAGGAAGGGCGAAUCCACGACGCACUACCCGGAAUUAGUGUUAAACAAUUUCAACACAAGGCUGGGACAUACGAUUGCACGAAUGUUCGCAUGUUUAUUCCCACAGAAGCCAAUGUAUACGGGUCGUCGUGUGGUCACAUUCCAUAAUCAGCGCGAUUACAUAUUUUUCAGGCAUCACAGAUACGAAUUCAAAAAAGACGGUGAAAAAGCAGCCCUACUCGAACUUGGGCCACGUUUUACACUGCGAUUAAAAUGGUUGCAACGCGGUGUAUUCAACACACGAGAAGGCGAAUAUGAAUGGGUCUUGAAGGUAUCUUUGUGA